GGGAGGUGGUCUAUCGUCUAUUUGAAAGUGAAUAUUCGCUGGCCUGGCAAAUGCUCCACGCUCCACUCCGGUGAGGAUUGCAAAAGUUUGGAAGAAUCAAUCGUCUACGUCAAGUGCUCCGAGAAGCAGGUUUCGCGACAACAACUACUACUUUUAUUUUAUCAGAACAUCUUGAGAAUCAACUUUAAUUGAGAACAAAAAUUAUUGUUAAUUGUGUAUUCCUAUAAAAAAAGUCUGGUGCGAACACAGACCUCGAAGAGUAUAUUCCUCUAUCUUUUUCGUGUUUUUGUUUUAUUAGUAUUUUGUUGUUCUAUUGAAGUGUUUUAUUUUAUAAAGUACAAAUUAUUUGUUGUUUUUCUUUUUGUGUGUUGAAUUAUGUCAGUGACAGAUAAGGCAACUUAAAAGAUUGUCAUUGUCCCUAGAUGGUGUAACAAGAGAUUUUAAAAAGUUGAAGUAACACAAGACAAGAUCCAGAUUAAGUAUUUACCUAUUUGGAAGUCUAAAAAGUGUCACAAAAUGAGGAUCUUUCCGUGGCGGUUAUCGAGCAUUCAUAAAAUGCUUGAUUUUUACUCCCAAUUCAAUCCAUCACCAUUGUCAAUAAAGCAGUUUUUAGAUUUCGGUCAAAAUGCUUGUGAACGAAAAUCCUUCGUUUUCCUGCGAAAAGAACUUCCUGUCCGAUUGGCAAAUAUUAUGAAAGAAAUUGCCCUACUUCCGGAAAACCUACUUGGAACACGGUCAGUUGGUGAAGUGAGUCAAUGGUAUGCGCGUAGUUUUGAAGAAGUUUUAGAAUUUGAACUUUCGGAACCCACGAGUAAAAAUCUCGAAAAAUUCUGUUCUACAUUGGUUCAAAUUCGAAACCGUCAUUCAGAUGUUGUACAAACAAUGGCCCAAGGAGUUAUCGAGCUAAAAGAAACUCAAGGUGGUGUUGUUGAACCUGCUAUUGAAACCUCCAUUCAGUAUUUCCUUGAUCGUCUCUAUAUGUCACGAAUUAGUAUAAGAAUGCUUAUAAAUCAGCACACAAUACUUUUUGGUGAACCAACAACUGAACAAGGCAGACAUAUUGGAUGUUUGGAUCCAGCUUGUGAUAUAAGUGCAGUCGUUCAAGAUGCCUAUGAAAAUGCUCGUUUCCUCUGUGAUCAAUAUUAUUUGGCUUCUCCAGAGCUUGUGAUACGACAAUACAACGAGUUAGAUAAAUGUCUACCAGUUAGGACAGUUUAUGUACCGUCACAUUUAUACCAUAUGCUUUUUGAAUUAUUCAAAAACGCUAUGAGAGCUGUCCUCGAAUACCAUGAUCACGAUAAUAAACUUCCCCCCAUUCAAGUUGUUAUUGUUCAAGGAAAAGAGGAUAUUUGUGUUAAGAUUUCCGAUCAAGGAGGCGGCAUUCCACGAUCACAGACAGAUCAGCUGUUUAAAUAUAUGUACAGUACAGCGCCACAACCUUCAAAGUCAGAUUUGCACACGGUACCUUUAGCUGGGUAUGGAUAUGGCCUACCACUUUCAAGGCUAUAUGCAAGAUAUCUUCAUGGUGAUAUUGUGCUGCUUUCAUGUGAGGGAUAUGGAACUGAUGCUAUUAUCUACCUCAAGGCUUUAUCUGACGAAGCAAAUGAACUUUUGCCGAUAUUCAACAAGACCAGUUCGAAAUUCUAUCGAGCCACAACACCAACCGGUGACUGGUCGAACCAGAAAUAUCUUACUGCUGUUAAUCGAGCUCCCACAUGAAUACCAGACAAAUGAAUGCAUCGAAGCCGAAAAAUCUUUCAGAUAUCUUCGGAAAGGAUCAAGAAGAGAACAUUUUAAAGAAGCCAAUUAUCUAGGAUCAUGUCUGAGGAUGAUGAUGGUAUGAACGUAGCAGUAGACGUCGUUGGUUUCCUGACAAACAAAAAUAUGAAGGAGUGUAAAACACAAAUUGAAUUUAAGAAAAAAAAAACAUAUUAUUAAAUUUAGUUAUUAAGAUAGAAAUAUUUUAGAAAAAAAAGAGGAAAGGACAUUUGACUUUGACCUUUUAUUUGAGUGGUUAAAUACCCAAAAUAAUGCAUUUUGUUUUGUAGGAAAUUAAGUUGUUUUUUCUGAAUAAGAAAAAUGAAAUAAUAAUUGUUUUAUAGAAUCUUUUAUGUCGUCCAAUAUGAGUCGGAUACAAAAAUAAUAAUAUUUAAUAAAAAAAGAGUAAAGAAAAUGUUGAAUAUUAUGAAA